AUGGGUACCCUUCGUACGUUUAUCGGUGUCACCAUCGCCGCGGUUCUCCAGCUUGCUGUAUUUCUCUUUGUCAUUGUCGCCACGCCCAUCUCGCAGUUCGACGUUAAGAAUGGCUCAGGAUGUUAUACCUUCAUCGGAUACAAGACGGAGUGCAGCUUAUCUGCUGUUUCCGCGACAGGAACGGCUGCUUUUGGUUGCAAGCAGCGCCGCGACAGCAUGGGCAGUGGCGCCGCCUUCGCCAUUAUCUCCAUCCUCACAACGCUUGCGGCGCUUGUGUUUAUCGCCCUAAUGCUGCUGCGCAUCCCAUGCGCAGUGUUUCCUCCUCUCCUCUUCACCUGCCUAUCUGUUUUCACGAUCUUGAUCAGCUGGGCUUGCGUGGCCAGCGUGUACAGCAUCCGCAUGUGCAACGACCCCUUCUACCGCUUCGUCCACUACGGCCCUGGCUUUGGGCUUAUGGUGACGGCAUGGUGCCUUCAGGUUAUCAACGUGGUCGUGCUCUUCAUGCUUUUCUUCGGCUGA